AUGCUCAAGUCUUCUGCACACAAGAAAACUAUUCUGAUUGUUGGUGGCAGCUUUGGAGGUUUAACCGCUAUUUAAUAUCUAAAUAGUGAUUUCAAUGUGAUUUUGAUUGAUAGAAAAUCAUUUUUUGAGUAUACUCCAAACUACCCUUUUACUUUACUUGAUUCAAAUUAUAUAGAUGGAAUGACCAUUACUUUGUAAGAUUUUGCUAAAACUCAUAAAUGCUAAUUUAUAUAAGGGACAUUAGAGUAAUUAUUUCAAGAUAAAGCUUUAAUUAAACAGCCUAAUGAAGAAAUACUGGAAAUUUCGUUUGACUAUUGUGUAAUAUCUACUGGCUCUUAGUAUGCUUCAUCUAUAAAGCCUGAAAAAUAAAUAUAAACAAUACAACAGAGGAAAGAAUAAAUAACACAAUAAAUUCAAAAUCUUUUAAACUUCAAAAAAGUUUUAGUUAUAGGAGGAGGCCCUGUAGGUGUAGAAAUAGCAGGUGUGUUAUCAGAUCAUUACAAAAAUCUCAAAGUACAUUUAUGGAGUAGGUCUAAAGAUCUACUUUCAUCAUUCCCUGAGAAGUCAAGAAUAUUAGCAGAUUAAAUGCUUAGGAAAUAAGGUGUGGCUAUAGAGUAUAACAAAGAAGUUAAGGAAUUGCCAAUAUAAGAAUUUGAUUAAGUAUUUGAUUGCAGAGGAAAUGUUUAUGCUCCUAAUUUUAUGAUUGGUGAAUUCUCAUAAUAUGUUGAUUCGUAAGGAAGAAUUCAAGUAGAUGAAUAUUGUAGAUUGAAAAACCAUAAAAACAUAUUUUGUAUUGGAGAUGCUUGCCUAACACCUAAUAACGAAUCUAAAAUGUGCUAUAAUGCUGCUAUUCAAGGUUAAUUUACAGGACAAAAUAUUAUUAGCUUAGAAAAAAAAAGUAAAUGUCUAAAAAAAUUAGAGGGAACUGCUAAUGUUUUUCUAAUAACAAUUAAUUAAAAAGAAGCUAUUUAAUGCUUUGGCAGUAGGGUUUCUCAGACCUCUACUAGUAACAAGCACUCUUAUCAAAAUAAAGCAAUUAAAUCUCUUUAAGGAUCUUAUUUUUACUCAUUUGUAUCAAGCUUCUCAAGAAGAAUAAUUAUAUUAAUUUCUGGAUGUUCAAAAAAAAAGUAACCUUAAGAAAAUAAAUAAAGUUGA